AUGGAACAGAAGGGGUUGAACUCAUACCUGCCUACUUACGAGGACCCCUUUCUAAUGUGCAAUGGCUACUUACCGUGUUUCGGGCAACGUCACGUACAAAUUUUCUUGCUAUUCACUUCAAUUAUUGUAAAUUAUAUUGCCAAAUUCAACGCGGGGGUUGCUGUGGUGGCCAUGACAGAUGCSGCGACUACAAAUCCUAACUUUCCGGAAUACAAGUGGARUGAUAUGGAAAAAUCGUACAUUCUGUCGAGCUUCUUCUGGGGUAAUUUCAUUACACAAUUCCCCGGUGGUUACCUCUGCCGUCGKCUGGGCGCCAAACGCACGAUGUUUAUCUCAACACUGGGCUCUUCGUUAUUUGCUCUUCUGCCACCGCUUUGCGUUAAUUGGGGCGGUUGGGGCAUCUACUGUGGCAUACGUAUUGUACAGGGACUAUUUCAGGGAUUUCUUUUUCCCUGCCUACACGCACAUCUCGCAGCUUGGUGUCCGGUAAGCGAACGCAAUCGUUUGGGUGCGCUAGCCAAUACGGGUAUCGAAUGCGGUACACUGCUGUCUAUGUUCAUAAGUGGCUUAAUUGCGGCUUCGAGCAUCGGUUGGCCAGGGUUGUUCUAUGUAUCUGGUGCCUUGGGCUUAGUUUGGUGCGUCGCUUGGCUGUUGUUAGCCGCCAAUAAACCAGCGGAGUGCCAGUUUAUUACAAAAGCAGAACUUGAUUACAUAGAGGCCUCGCAGAAUAUCACAAAAACAGUAAAGUCGGAUGAAGUAGUACAAAAGAUUCCAGUGCCUUGGCAUGCUAUAUUGACUUCUUUGCCAUUUUGGGCAUUAGUAGUCGCACGUUCAGCGCAUUCUUGGGGUUUCUCCACACUUCAAGCUGAACUGCCUUCCUAUAUGAAGGGUGUGCUAAAUAUGGACAUGAAGAGUAACGCUUUCUAUUCGGCGCUACCUUAUUUGGCUAUGUGGUGUAUGUCUUAUGUAUAUCUGAUUGUCUCGGAUGUUUUGCUCAAUCGAAAAAUAGCCUCACUCACAGCUAUACGCAAGACCUUCAAUACAUGCRCCUUUUGGAUACCGGCUACUGGUCUUAUAUGCAUUGGACUCCUCGGGGAGGACCAGAAGAAUUUCGCGAUUGCUUUAAUGACGAUAAGUGUUGGCUCGAAUGCUGGUGCUACAAUUGGCAGUGCGCUGAACACCAUCGAUCUCUCGCCGAAUCAUGCUGGCAUUCUUAUGGGCAUCGUGAACUCAGCCGCUAAUGUGAUACCGAUACUUACGCCGCUSCUAGUCGGUGUGCUGGUAAAGGACGAGCAUAAUCGCGUACAGUGGCAAUUAGUCUUCAUAAUAUCGGCUGUCGUGUUUGCUUCGGGUAACUUGUUCUAUUUGAUUUUUGGCAAGAUGGACCUACAGCCAUGGGAUGAUAGAGAUUAUCUCUCGAAGAAGUGUUAUCAAAAUUCGGAGUUUCCGCACAAAGUGCUUAGUGAGCAUGUGUGUGCGGUAACGGCGAUAUGUACUCCAGCUGUAACAAGCUGAAUUGAGCUCUAAG